UUAUUAUCCCUUUGUUUGCUCCUUUUUAUUCAGGUUGCUAGUGCCCUUUCAGAUCCUUACCUUUCAUUUGCUGCUGCACUGAAUGGUUUGGCUGGACCUCUUCAUGGGUUGGCGAAUCAGGAAGUCUUGCUCUGGAUCAAAUCUGUGGUAGAUGAGUGCGGGGAGAACAUUACCAAAGAUCAAUUGAAAGAUUAUGUCUGGAAGACACUGAAUAGUGGAAAGGUUGUUCCUGGAUUUGGACACGGAGUUCUGCGUAAUACAGACCCAAGAUAUUUAUGCCAGAGGGAGUUUGCGCAAAAACACUUACCCAAUGAUCCACUUUUCCAACUGGUUUCCAAGCUUUUUGAUGUAGCGCCCCCUAUUCUCACAGAGCUUGGCAAGGUAAAAAACCCUUGGCCAAAUGUUGAUGCCCACAGUGGUGUAUUGUUGAACUAUUACGGUUUAACUGAAGCGAGAUAUUACACUGUUCUUUUCGGUGUGUCGAGGUCCAUUGGCAUCUGUUCACAACUAAUAUGGGACCGGGCUCUAGGGUUGGCUCUGGAGAGACCAAAGAGUGUUACAAUGGACUGGCUUGAGCAACACUGCAAGAAAUCAGCUUAA